AUGGCUAAGGAAAAGCACGGGAAGAGACAGAGAAAGUCAAAGCUUCAGUCAACUGCUUGUCUUUUUUGCAAAAAACGGAAGCGCAAAUGUGAUGGUAAUCAGCCAUGUUCCAUGUGCAAAAAGCAUGGCGUUGGCUCCCAAUGCACAUAUGAUUUUACGAUAGAUCGGCGGAAAAAGAAGUAUGAUUCUGCGGAGAUCGACUUUUUGGAGUUGAAGAUGGAUGCACUGGAGCAGCAUAUGUUGAGUUUGAUGAAGUCACGCCCUGAGCUUGCUGACUUUGACUUACAAGAGUACUUGCCUGGUCCCCCAAAACUAACAGAAAACAAUGAUGUUUCUCAACUCAAACGCACAAAGGGCCUCAAGGUCAAUACAGAUGCACUUGAAGACAUUGUUUCAACCGCAUGGAGGGUCACAAAUGAGGGAGAUGGGGCUGUAUUCUACGGCCCACUCUCGGGAAAACAGAGUAUUCAGAAAACCAUUCCACCUGCAUUCACUUUCUCUGACGUGAUGGCAGAUACUAGCUGUGAACCGACAAGCAAUUUUAAUUUGAGUUUUAUGUCUUUAGAACUUAGGAAGAGGCUUUUUGCGAUUUUUAGGCUUAAUUUUGCAUCAUAUUUUUACACAUCAAUGCUCUCAUUAAACGAAGCAGAAAGCUGGCCGUAUCCAUCACCGGACCUAGAUAAGCAUUGCCUUCUUUGUUCAAUAUUUGCAUAUUCUUUUGCAUAUAUUCCGGGAAAAAAGGACGUUUCGGCCAGUUUUCUUGACCUUGCAGAAUCUGAUAUAUUAAGGUCAUGCAGGGACCAUAUUGGUCGAAACACAUUACAGGCCCUUUUGAUUAUAUCAUGUAUAAAAUUUGGAACAGGUGAUGAACAUUCAUCGUGGAUGUACAAUGCAAUGUGCUCAGCAGAGGCUCAGUAUAUGGGACUUCAUCUUAGAACCGGUAGAAGCGCUGGCUUUCAACCAUUAUCGUUGAUGGCUGACAAUCUUGUUAGCGUUUCGCCUACUAGAAUUAGUCUAUUCUGGUCUAUAGUGAUGCAAGAUCGUAUAUUAACGACCGCUUUAGGAAGAGGAUGUCGUAUUCAAUAUUUCCGAAUUACUAUGCCAUUUUAUGUUCCAUUACUCAAUCGUCAAGAAUGUACACCAAACGGUACUAUAGAACCCAAGCUUUAUGAUCGCUACAUCAGCGAGCUCACAUUUUCGCUCCAUUCGCGCCUUUGGUAUAUUCAUGAUAGGAUUACACAACAGAUAUACUCAUUUAAGGCCGACUAUUUACACGAAUCACACAAAAGAAUGCUUCUUAAACAGGGUCUCGAUAGUUUAAGGGCACUCUUCAACUCAUUUCCUAGUGAAGUUCAAAUUGGAGCUAAUACAACGGAUAGAAGGAUUCUUAUUUUGCAUUUUUCUUUUCAUCUUAUCAUUAUGCUCCUUCAUAGAUCAUAUUUGGUCCAGAAUCCCACAAAGAUCCUUGAAAUUAUGGUUAAUCAUUCAAAUUGUGCUUCCAAAAUUAUUCAGCAAUACAGAACUCAUAUUGGAUUUGAGAAUUCUCCCUACUUUGUUCCGUAUCUGAUUUUUCAAUGUGCGCAUUUUGAACUUUUCCUAUUGGCAUACAAGGAUAAGACACUACAUAAAAGUGCUCGUGUACGGUUUAACGAGUUUAUUAAAGCAUUAAACGGAUGUGCAUUGGUGUGGGACACCGCAAUCAAGGAUAUAUGCAUUCUUUUUGCCCUAUCGAGACGAUGGGGUGUCGAUGUCAAUGAUUCCAAUAAUAUUUGGGAUCACUAUGUUAAGUCAGUUCAGAAGUCUUUACCUUUAGCCGAGACGAAAAAAUAUGACACCAUAAUAUGCCGUCGGUGUGCAUGUUGUCUCAGUAGUUCUGCUCGAAAGAAAGAAUUUACGGACAAAAGUGGAUGUCCAUGUAGUUAUCUCCCUAGUAUGGACUCGUUUGACGAAACAUUAACACAAAAGAGCAUAGUGGGUUAUGGUAUUGGAGAGUACGAAGAUUGUCUCAAUGUAAUUAAUCCGAAUGAGUUCAAUGGGCUCAACUAUUUUGAUUCAAUGGACGUCAACACAUUUGACUUCGAUUUCCAACAAUAA